AGCGGAGAAGCCUUCGAUUGAGAGCAUUGUGCCUCUAUCCCCAAACCCACAAGGCCACAACCAUCUCUGCUCUCUCUGACUCUCUCUGUCAUUCGAAGAUUACAAUUUUUCCCCACUCGACUCUUCAAUCAAAACCCCUUUUCCUCUCAUUUUCAUAAUCUAAUUCAUGGUUUUUGUUUCUAGGUUUUUGCUUUAUUGAAUCUAACGUUUUUUUCCUUCCAAGUAUUUUUAGGGUCUAAGAAGAAAAUUCACAACUUGAUGGGAAGUCGCAAGCCCAAAUCCUCCAAACGGAAAAGCUCUAAGGCUUUGCAAAGUAAGAGAAGUAGAAAGAAUAAAUCAAAGAAGAAGCCUUCACGCCAUGAUCAUUCCAAUUUAUCUUACUCGGAUGAUGAUUCUGUAAGUUCAGUGUCUUCCUACUCAUCCAGUUCAGAAGAGGAUUAUAGAAGUAGGAAAGGUCGAUCACGCUCACGAGCUGAUGUGAAAAGUAAAAAGAAAAGGGCUGAGAGGAGAGUAUCAUCAGACCGAGGGAGCAGUGAGGAUUCAGUCCCUCUGAGGAAAAGGAAGAGGUCAAAGAGAAAACACAACUCUGAAUAUAAGAGGAAGUCUCUAAAGAAGCGAAGGAGAGAUGCAAGUAUCAGUUCUGCUACUAGUGAUUCUUUGAGCUGCUCGAGUUGUCGAUAUGGACACAGUGGUAGCAGCAAGGACUCUGAGUAUGAAAGCCUGAGGGUUAGGUCUAGAAAAAAGAUAAGAGAUAAGAGAGAUUCGGAUAAACAUAAAAUUGGAGCUAGGAGAAGUAGAAGUAGAAGCAAGUCUGUUAGUUCUCCUCCAGGCGAGGACCGUUUCAAUUUCCAUAGUGAUAGUCAGAAAGGAGAGGAACAUGAGUGUGAAAAUAAUGUUAGACGCCGAUUAAGAUCCGUCAUUACUGUUGUACAACACCCACAAGAGGAUGAGGAGAACCAAGUUGCCAGAGAUCGUGAAGAGGAUAUAUCUGAAAAUAAUGACAGUGAUAAUGGAUCAACAAUAAAUAAGUUAGCAUACCAUUCUGAUAUUUUAUCUGAUAAGAGCAGGUUGGUAGAAGACACAACAGUUCAGGAAUCUUCAGGCAGUGAUGACCUUGAGCUGAUAUUGAGGCAAAAAGCCUUGGAGAAUCUGAAAAAGUUCCGAGGAAAGGUUCAAACAGAAGGUUCUAAGGAUGUGCACCUAACGGGAGAGAGCAGCAGGCAUGGAUUGAGUAGAGAGGUAUUGCAUCCCACAAUGGUUGAAAGUGAGAAUGCAACUGAAGAAUACAAGAAAGUUGAAUCUGGAGUCACUAAACAGAGUCAUAUUCAACAAUCUGAUAGUUCUGGAAUCUCUAAGAGUGUUAACGAAGAUGGUGGCAUUAAUGAACCUAUUGUUGAUGAAUCUAAACCUGGCUUACAAGCAAUGCAGGAUGAAUCUUUGCACAGUUACUCAACACUUGAGCAAGCAUCUCCUAAGGCAAAUCCAUUGGACAGCAAAAGCAGUGCAGGUAAAAUUCUUGCACCGAGUUGUCAACUAUUGACCCAUGGAAGUAGUGAUAAACUAGAAAUGGAGGCCAUUAAUGCCAAAAAUUCUGCUAAGGCUGAACCAACUUCUAGCAUUAGACCAGUGGAAGAUCAAAGAUCAGAAGACCAGCAAGCUGAACCAACUUCUAGCAUUAGACCAGUGGAAGAUCAAAGUUCAAAAGGCCAGCAAGCUGAAGCCAACGAUAGCUCACACUUUCAACAAAAGACAAUGUCUGUCAUGAGGAGUGGUGAAAUGGUACAGGUGAGCUACAAGGUGUACAUCCCUAAAAGGGCUCCCGCUUUGUCUAGGAGGCAACUGAAACGGUGAUACAUUGAGUUACUAUUCUUCAACCUGGUGCUCUUCAUGGCAAUUUAAAAGAUUAUGAAUCAACAGACCGAAACUGCAUGCGUAGAUUAUGGUUUUUUCUUUAAAGUUUUUAUUUUUGGUGCAUAGAGUUAGGGAAAGUUACUCGAACUGAUAAAUCUUCCCUACAAAAAUUUAAAGACAAAAAAAACUAUUCAGUUAUUUCAAUGAAACAUUGAUGAGCCCAUGGGCAGGAUUUUCUUGCUUUCCACAAAAA